GGGUUCGCACCGUACAAUCCUCCUCGAAAAUGCUCUUUUUCAUUUCAUUUCAUUUUCUUUUCUUUUCAUUUCAUUUUCUUUCUUUCUUUCUUUCUUUUUUUUUUCCCCUAAGUUGAUAUGAAUAAAGAUAGUGUAAUUCAAUGCUUCAACUCUAUGUAGAGGCAGCAAAUAUAAAAAUGUACUCCGUAAUGAAGCGUUCGAUCGAUGUGUAAAUCAGGCGGGGGAGGAGAAUCCGAAACAAUAAUGUGUUUCUUAGUUAUUUAUGUAUGAUAAAACAUCCACCAGGACUUCUUCCUCUUGAAUAAAUCCACCUCUCCAACCCACAACUCAACACUCAACCCCACAGAUUGUGUAACUAUCUAUCAGAGGUCCUUUCAACGCAGCACGAAAGAUUCCAUCGUCUCUCUGCGUUUAUUUUGACAUCCCUUCGCCGACUUCAAAUCCUUCAGAUAGACUCGCUGGCCCCUCCCUCCCUCCCCACACUCCGUCUACGGAGUACCUAAGCAAGAAUUAGGCUGAACCACUGGGAACGCCCCAAGCGACCGAUAUUGAUCUGGCCACUUGUUGCCCUUUAUCGCUCCGCUCGCUGCUCUAGUUAGCGAUCUACGCGCCGUUUUCCCCUGGCCAGACCUCUUUAAACGAAAGUUGCGCGAUAUCUAGCCACUCGCUUCUUGCAGAGAGCAGCACGGACUCAGUUCCACUUGUGCAACUAGUUUCAUACAGACGUUACUUUGAGGCCUGCAGGGAGUUGCAAAAGUUUUCCUUAACCCUAGCUAGAGUUUGCUAAUAUUACCGUGAACAAGGGAGAGUAAGGUGUCCCACAGCUCUCAUCGCCAACCUCAAGCCACAAAACACUGGUUAUCAGGUAGUUUUCAAAACCUUCCCAGGACAGGCUAUUCUUUGGGAAAAUGUCUAUAAAUUGGGUCAUGCUCCAUGAAACGGAGGCAUUCGUCCGCCUUCCUAAUGAACGCAUCAUGUAUACUUCCCCGCCUCGAACAAGUCUUAUGCUUCAAAGCGGGAAUCCCAAACCGGGAAAUGAACCUCUGUCAGUUCAGAGUAGCACUGGACGUGUCUAUCUUACGAACCAACGAGUUGUCUACCUCCCGGCACAUUCCACCCCACAGUUCCAAUCAUUCUCCGCCCCUCUCCUAAAUCUGCAAGACACGCAUGUUUCAGCUCCCUUUUUUGGUCCCAACCUCUGGACCGCACAGGUCAAACCCGUUCCUGGCGGCGGCAUUCCCCCUUCCCAUGUUUCCCUCCAGCUAAAGUUAACUUUCAAGGAUGGCGGAGCAUUUGAUUUCCACUCAGCCUUCGAACGAAUCAAAGAACGUCUGCAACAGGCUCUCGAGCAAUCGCAAGAAAGCGGCAGGGCGACAGGCUCUGUGGAUUUCUCAGCGAUCCAUCUUGAUGAGCUCCCCGCAUACGAAGGACCCGGCCAUCCUACUGAGCCGACAGAUACCACGUCAUUGCCAGCAUUUCUAUCUCCGGAUCUGCAUGAACGGAAUAACCAUCGCGUUUCCAACCAAGACGAUAACAGUCGUACGGGGGAGCAUAAUCCUCCUGACUCUAGCCCUACAGAGCCUCCUCCGGGGUACGAGGAAGUUCAGCAACAGAGCGUUGCGAACGCGCUUGAAGCACGUCUGCGGAAAUAUCAGUGAUGACGAUGCGGAGGGAACAUACUUCUCUAUAUGUUGUUGUUACACAGUCUGACACCAUGCCGAUGGUGGAAGACUUUGGUGGAAGACUUCAAAAUCGUCAUUAGAAAAGAUGUUACUCGUGCAUGCAAGUUGAUAUGUAUUUCUUUCUGCUAGUAUCUUCUAUGGUGUAUGUAUAUAUAUACAUAGUUAAUGAUUAUAUGAGCUUAUGUGCUAUUUCUAUGAGUUUAUACGAAGGCUGAUGGAGGCGAAAGUUAUCAAACUGGCUUGAAUAUUAAGAAACAGUUAUCAUAUUCAGAUAUUAAAUUGGUUUCUGCACUAGAUUGUAUAUCCAUUGAUAUUUACUUAC